AUGCGUCGGCCUCAGUUCAUUUCGGCGGAAGCCUCUAGCUACAGUUACUUCUGUGCUUUCUUUGUUGGCAUCGGUUCGCUCCUUUGGGGUUACGACAGUGGUAUCUUUGGCACCGCCCAGGCGCAGACGUAUUUUGAGGAGAAAUUCCAUCCAUCCUCUGCCAUGCUCGGCGGCAUUAUUUCGGUCUAUACUGCUGGUGGCGCCGUUGGUUGUCUUUGUUCUGGCCCUAUUGGCAAUCGAUUGGGCCGCCGGGGCACGAUCCAGGUCGGUGCUGCCAUCGCUGCUGUUGGUACUGCUAUCCAGACUGCUUCAGUAAAUACGCCCAUGCUUGUCAUCGGACGCUUGAUUGCAGGCCUUGCUAUUGGUAUCAUCUACUUUGCCAUUCCACAGUUUCAGUCUGAAAUUGCUCCUGCCUCUCAUCGUGGUUUCUUUGUCGGCUUGCAUGCUCAGUUCAUUGGCUUUGGGUAUGCUCUUUCCAACUGGAUCGGAUUUGGAGUUUACUUCGGCAGGGGUCAAUUCACGUUUCGAUUCCCCGUCGGCCUUCAGAUUUUUUGGGCCGUGCUGCUUCUUGUCGGAUCAGUUUUCCUACCACGCUCGCCACGUUGGCUGAUCGAGAAAGGACGCUAUGACGAAGCACGCAAGGUUAUGUCUCGUCUCAGAGCAGCUAAUGCGGACCCCGAGUAUCUGGAAAAGGAAUUCAAUCAGAUGCGUGAUCAGAUUGAGUAUGAAACCGAGAAUCAAGAAACCAGCUUGGUGGGAAUAUUGCGCAAACCGUCUUAUCGCAAGCGCCUGAUACUCGGGUGUCUGAUCCAGAUCGGACAGCAAAUCUGUGGUAUUUCCGCUAUCAAUUACUACCAAACCGUCAUGUAUAGGACGCUGGGCAUCAAGGGCGUUACUGUGCUCGCGCUUGCCGGUGUCUGGGGCUUGACUGGUCCAUUGGCCAAUAUAGUUUGCUUGCUCUGGGUUAUUGACCGAGUCAAACGACGCACGUUAUUUUUCUGGGGUUCAAUUGCCUUGACCAUUGAUAUCGUUAUUGUCCAAGCAAUAGUUGCCGUUUACAGCGGCUCCGAUAACAAGGUUGCCAACGGCUUUGGAAUCUUCUUUCUCAUCCUCUUUGGCGUGAUAUUUUCGCUCAGCUGGAACUCCGGUGCGCCCGUCUACACUACUGAGAUCUUCCCAACGCAAAUUCGCGCCGUCGGCGGUGCCAUCUCGACGUUCUGGUCGUUUGUUAUCCAAGUCGUUCUCGCCCAGGCCUCACCAACUGCUUUGCAGAACGUGGGAUGGAGAUACUACUUUUUUUUCAUUGCGUGCAAUUUGGUAUCGGCCGUUCUUGUCUACUUCUUUCUUCCGGAAACCCACGGAGUCAGUCUUGAGGAGAUUAGUGAGGUGUUUGGUGAUCAGUUUGUCUCUGUGCAUAUGAACGAGGCGCUCAAGACGGAACCAGUCGCUCACCACAUUGAGGGCUCCGAAAGUAAAACAGAACAAGGGACUGUGGCCGAUAGAUCGGAGAUCGUUAUCUGA